AUGCCGAGGCCAAAAACACCUAGCCCAUGGCGGCCACCUCGCAUAAGUCAUCUUCUGCCGCCUCUGCUCCUCCUGCUGGCCGGGUCGAGCCUCCCACUGGCACACGCAGCCCCCAGGCCGGCCGCGGGCCCCGUCGCGGGCGUCGUCGUCCCCGGCCACAACAACAACAGCAACAGCAACACCACCACCCCCGAGCCGUGCAGGCCGCGGCCUCACGUGGCGGACUCGGCAAGGGGGAAGAUAGCCGUGGGGAGAGGAGGAGGAGGAGGGACGACCGCCGGCCCCCCCUGCGGCUUCUACGACGGCGACCCGGCCCGCCCGCUCGUCCCGCCCGGCGGCAUGGGCUGCAGCGCCGACGAGGCCGCGCGCGUCUGGGGCUUCUGCCCGGCGGCGCGUGGCGCGGGGGGCUCGUUUGUGGAUCCGGGGCCGCCGCCCCGUCGGGGCGGUGCGCGCUCCUUCGCUUCUUCAGCUCCCUGUAAGCUCACGACGACCUGCUACGACGCCUUCGCCUGCAAGGAAGGCUGCGGCGUGGCAGACGAGGGGGGUUCGGACGCCGUCGACGAGGCUGUCCAUGGGGUCGAUGAGGGGAUAAAGGGCGAUGAUGAUGGGGGUGAAGAUGAAGAUAAAAAAGGCCGAGGCGGAGGCGACGUGGCUCGCCACCUCGCCCGGCUUUCUGGCCGCUCGCUCGCAAAGGUGAUGUGGUGA